AUGAUCUCCGCAAUUUCUCUCCGGCCGGGGUCGGUCAGUCCCCUAGCCAGUGCACCUGUUGCAGUUCCUGAAAGCGCAGAGAAACCAAACUGCAGCAUCAGUGCAAAUAUUAUUGGUCAGGAUGACUACCAAACCCUUACCUCCCAUAUCGCCGCCAGUGAGGACCAAUCUCAUCCCCUGGCAGGACAGUCGGCAAUCCAAUUCACAGAGCUCCCAGUUGAGAUCCAUGAGGUCAUUCUGGAUCAAAUCUUUGGCAAAAGAGCCUCCCUUAGUAACCAUUCAGCACAUGGUCAAUCUUCUGCUCAGAACUGGAGUAAGGCUCUCCACCAUCCGCGGCGGAAGGCCCUUUCCGACCUGGCCCUGACUUGCCGGAUGUGGACUGGACUUGUUCAAAGUCGAAUCUACCGCCAUAUCAAAAUCAAAGGCACCAACCGCGAAUUGAUCAAGUGUGUAUGGUGGUUCAAGCGAAACCCCCAUUUGGCUCCAUAUGUCUGUCACAUUGAGAUUUGGAUGCCUAUCUGGGGAAAUCGGGCCGUUCGCCCUAACGAUGCUCGCUCAAAUGCAGAGCAAAAUGGCACCCAUGCAACAGAACAUGUUGUAGAUAUGCAGACGAAUCAUGAUCAUAACCACGGAGAUGUUAUUUUUCGUUAUCACCGUGCAACCGGUAACACUUCGCUGGAGGAAAUCUUCUGGCUUAUUCAGUACCUUUUCCCCACUGCCCGGGUUCUCACCCUGGAGGGUGGCCACUGCAAGAAUGCGCCUAUAGUGCGGCAUUCCCGCUAUAGGGAAGCCAUGAACGGUCGGAAUCUACCUGUUCUUGGACAAAUACAGACACUCAUCAUGCGUGGUGCCUGGAACCUGAUGCGACAAGUUGACGACUGGGGCAACAUUUCACAAGCGUUGCCAGCUUUGAGUGAAUGGCAUUGUGAUUGGGUCCAACCCCAUCUGUGUGCCUACUUGAUCAUGAUGAGCAUCUUUAUCGAUACUCCACCUACCAUCCGACACAUCAAUCUUGGCCUGGAGGAAUUUUCCAACGCCAGUAAUAGGUUGCUGUCUGCGCUUUUCCGCUCUCAAAGCGCGCCUCCUCCGAUCUGUACUCUACUUGGCGAGGCAAUUCCGCGCUUCGAGUCAUUUACCUACUCUGGUCGUGUAUGUUGGUACCUCUUCAAGAAAUUGAAGGAAGGGGCAACGGAAAUGGAGUCUGGUUCUCCUCUCAGGUCACUAGAUCUUUCAGUCAAGACGUGCUGUCACAAUCAGAAGGUAGACGGAUUGAAUCACUGGACGCAGACGAGCUACGGGACACGUCCAAUUACCAGCAUUGCGUUCAUUCGUGAUUUUGAGGCAAUGGUGGUCAAGGCAAUCGAGUGCCUAUCCGUCCUCCCUGCCCUGGAGUAUUUGCGCAUCCGUUUCAUCAACCUCGACUCAAGCUGUCCGCCUCUGAAUCCGUAUUUCGAACUUGUCAAUAACGAGUGCACAGGCCUGUGGAGUGACGACAUCCUGGAAGCUUUGCGCGUGAACCGACCAUCUGCCAUGUUCUUCGCGCUUACAGAUGGAACAGGCAAUGAGUACGAUGACCAGCAGAUGCUAGGCGCCUUGAUGCCUCAACCUCGCCCUCUGGGUAUUCAAUUAAACUCGUACAGCCUUCUUGCCGACACCUCGAGCCCUUACUAG